GCGCUGCUGGCGCGCGCGCGCCGCAAGAGGAAGCGCCCGGCGGUCCGCUGCGGGUCGGGUCCGGCCGGACCAUGGAGUCGUUGCCUGAACCCGCCGCGGCCCGCUGGCUUCUGCCUCUGCCCUUGCUCUUGCUGCUGCUGCUGGUGCUGCCGCCGAGCCCAGAGCUGAGGCCGAGCCACGCCAGGGCCGAGGAGUCGGACUGGGUCCGCCUGCCCAGCAAAUGCGAAGUGUGUAAAUAUGUCGCCGUGGAGCUGAAGUCAGCCUUUGAGGAGACCGGCAAGACCAAGGAGGUCAUUGACACUGGCUACGGCAUCCUGGACCGCAAGGCUUCCGGCGUCAAGUACACCAAGUCCAUUUCAGAGCCCCCAGACCAGAUGACCUAUCCUCCUGCCAGCUCUGACUCCCCGCUGAAGGGCGCUCAGUUCCUCUGGUGCUGCUGUCUCGGCAGGGACUUACGGUUAAUCGAAGUCACGGAGACCAUUUGCAAGAGGCUCCUGGACUAUAGCCUGCACAAGGAGAGGAGUGGCAGCAACCGGUUUGCCAAGGGCAUGUCCGAGACCUUUGAGACACUGCACAACCUCGUGCACAAAGGGGUCAAGGUGGUGAUGGACAUCCCCUAUGAGCUGUGGAACGAGACCUCCGCAGAGGUGGCCGACCUCAAGAAGCAGUGUGACGUACUGGUGGAGGAGUUCGAGGAGGUGAUCGAGGACUGGUACAGGAACCACCAGGAGGAGGACCUGACUGAAUUCCUCUGCGCCAACCACGUGCUCAAGGGCAAGGACACCAGUUGCCUGGCAGAGCAGUGGUCCGGCAAGAAGGGAGAUACGGCUGCCCUGGGAGGGAAGAAGACCAAGAAGAAGACCAGCAGGGCCAAAGCCACGGGCAGUAGGAGCAGCAGCAGCCAGCAGAGGAAGGAGCUGGGAAGCCUUGAGGGAGACACCAGCCCAGAGGAGGAAGAGGGCAUUCAGAAGGCUUCCCCGCUUCCACACAGUCCCCCGGAUGAGCUCUAAGCCCAGCACGACAGCCCCUGUUCCAAGAUCCAGGCCUUGACACUGGGACAGCCUGGGGUGUGGCUCUGGCCAGCAGGCAGACGGAGAUGGCCCAGCUGCAGGCAGCGCCUGCUGAGCACGGACACGAAUCCUGGCAAGAACCCGUAGCAGUGGUCAGCCAGGCCCACCUUCUCCCCGGCACCUAGCCUGUCCUUUUGCAGGCUUCGGGCAGGCGGUGCACUCUCAGGACCGUGAGGACUGUGCCCUUAGGAGCAGAAUAUCUGCCGGUUGCCAGGACUACAGCCCCCCCUCAGAAUUCAUGAGCAAGGCAUGUCCCCCUGUGCUUCUUCCACUCCCUGCUACAUCCCCAGAGGGAAGCAAAAUUGCAACAGCCCAAGCUCCUCCACCCACCCCGCCUCUGGAUGCCUUGCGUUCUGCCUGGCCUGUUCCUGAGGCUCAGAGUAAAAACCUUUUGGCCUUUG